UUUAUAGCUAUACCCCCAUCAAUACUCGACGCACCUCCCUGAGCCUCUCUUUUCCCCCUAUUGGCAAUUCGUAAGCUGUCUUCCCGCCGUUCCUUUAUAGGAACCGACGUAACAUCCAAUUUUUUCGCAAGGCGAUCCGUAAACUUAAAAAGGCCGGCAGCCUUCUGUUGGUUCGUGCUCGAAAAGAGUACGCCGAUCAUGCCACUCGCUGCAAUUGGAUGUGCCCUGUUGACAUCUUGUCGCAGUUGACCCAUUGUCGAGAGAGACGGAGAGACGGGAAUGGGGAGGGCUCCUUGCUGUGCGAAGGUCGGAUUGCACCGGGGUCCUUGGACUCCUAGAGAAGACUCAUUGCUUGUUAACUAUAUUCAAGCACAUGGCGAAGGCCAUUGGAGAUUCCCUAAGAAAGCUGGGCUUCUGAGGUGCGGAAAGAGCUGCCGACUUAGAUGGAUGAAUUAUCUCAGGCCCGACAUCAAGAGGGGCAACAUAACUCCGGACGAGGACGAUCUGAUCAUCAGAUUGCACUCCCUUCUCGGCAACCGCUGGUCUCUCAUUGCCGGUACUCCUGGCCGAACCGAUAACGAGAUAAAGAAUUACUGGAACACCCACCUCAGCAAAAGACUCCUGAGAAAUCAAGACAAUCACCCGACCCAUCGUCCACCCUCCACUAAGAGGAGGAAAACGACCGCCGAAUCCACUAAAGAGAGCACCAAAAAAUCGAAGCACAACAACAAGAAGAGCCCUAAUAGAGCAUCCGCGGAGGCCACGGAGAGGCCCAAAGUUCAUCUUCCCAAGGCCAUUAGGGUUACUACGUCCUUCUCUUUACCUAGAAACGACAGUUUCGAUUGCAACACUGCGAUUAGCUGGUCCUCCAGUCAAGGAGGGUUACUUGACAGAGAAGUGGCUCAUGUUGCCAGGUCAGAUGAAACUGCUGGGCUAUACGGCUUCUUUGUUGGUGAUCCGCAAGAUCGCGGUCACCAUGAAUUUUUUAACGGUGCAAAUGACGACAGUACUGCCAACCCUCAUCGUCUUGAGUGCCCAUCCGAAGAAGAACCAGGAAAAGAUCAGAACGGGACGCUCGAGAAUCUCUACGAGGAAUAUCUGCAGCUCCUGCGGACGGAGGAUGAUCUUGUUCAGCUGGACUCUUUUGCUGAGUCGUUGCUGAUGUGAGAGAGAGAGAGAGAGAGAGAGAGAGAGAGAGAGAUGUUUCAAGCCAUGCAGGCCAAGCGCGUCAAAAUCAAAUGGGCGUUUAGGUUUACACUGUGGUUUUGAAUCGUAGAUCCACAAAACACGUGCUUACCUUCUGGCCAAACUCGGGGACCCUGGAUGCCUUUGUAAGUUCUCAAACUAUGAGAACGGCCACCUCUUGUAGAUUUUCCAUCCCCCCUGUACUUUCUAGGGUUUUGUUAAAUGUAUAUGAUGCCUAUUCAACUUUUCUCCAAAUCCUAUGAUGUACUUUCUCAAGGCGAUGUCAUACUCGUUGACUAGUGUAUAGCAAAACACCCUCGGUAUGAAGUCAAAACAUCCUUUUACA